AUAAAUAAGUACACAAGGACAUUUUCCAGUGAAUUGAUUGGCUUUAUCUCAUGUCGCUUGUUUACUGGUUUAAAGAGAGGGAUAGAUGAGAAUAGGGGUUAUCUUCAAAGCUAUGAGGGGUACGUGGUCGGUCAUCAUCCCCCCCCCAACCCAGGAUCCAUCAUUUGAGUGCACUAAUGAACAUGCAUGUUCAGCAUAGAGGAACAAAUGCAAUAUGAUCAAUUCACACCUACGCUUCCAAUUCAUGUAACCGAUUUUUAUAUUAGCAGCGGUCAUACGCGACAGGUGGAAGAGAUCUAUCGUAUCUCACGGCUGAAACACGGAACAGUGAACAAUGGCAAACGGUGUGGACAACUUUACUAUAACGGUGUUUUGUGUCCUAGGACUAAGCCUCGUGAAGGGACAGGGAACUGAAUCAAGGGCACUGUUUGCCAGGUCAGCUUCAGGCACAUUCAACAUUGCAGACCCAAGAUGGGACAACCAACGGUGGUAUAUGGACAGCGGCAAGACGCUUGACACAAACAUAGCUAAGGCAUGGUCACUGUGCAGAACAGGGAAGAACGUGACAGUGGCUGUCGUCGACGAUGGCGUGCUUUCGACUCACAGAGACCUGAACGACAAAAUAGUGAGUUGUAACGCAUACAUAUACAUUUGA